AUGUAUCAAGUCUUCCUUCUACUACUAAUCAGUCUCAGUGUACAAAGUGACGAUUUUACUCUGGUCCAUUUAGACGGUUUGCAUCCAAUUGCGAGAAACACAAAUCCCAGAUCUGAAAGGUACCGGGACGUCUAUACUAACCACAAUAACUUCAAAGAAGUGGUGAACUCUUAUUAUGGGAUUGCAAGAAGACCCAACCAAAGGAAAUUCGAGAGACUGCCUGACAUACUACACGAUAUAAGCGUAUUUAGAAGUUUUCCUAGACUAGAAAAGGUCUCACCGGUGCAGCUAGAAAACUCUGCAAACUUGGACAGGAUUGAUUUCCACUACCCUAACAUAGACAGGAGUGAAGAACUAGAGUCGAACUUUGGUAGCUUCACAAACGAAUAUCCUACGGAGCAAAAUAGGUAUGUCUUCAUGCAAAGUCAAAAACUUGUAGCAAAUGAAGAGGAAAAAGGAGACAAGUACAAGAGACCCGUGUACAAAACUACAAAAUAUAACCAUCCGAAAUCAUACGUGCAAAAAAUUCCGAAAACAACUACUCCUACGUAUGAAAAUAAAUACGAGGAGCUAAACAUAAGGAACAACAGCAACUCUACUUCGACAAAGGGCAGAAUAAACCAAUUAUUGCAAAGUUAUCUGGGAAAACUCUACGAAAAAAAAUAUAACAGCACUUUGUCCGAUGUCCAACCUAAUACAUCAUCAAGACUGGAACAGGAGCAGAAAUCUAAGAAACUCUUAGACGUCAACACCCUGAAGAACUUAAAGAACAAUGCCAUAAAUAAAAUAAAUAAGAUUUUCAGUUUGUUCACUGUAGUUCAGUUCAAUAAUACUCAAUGCACGGCGAAUAACACGGCUGGCGUUUAUCAAGGGAUUUGCUAUACCGCUUCCCAGUGUACCAGCCAAGGUGGUACCGCUAUGGGUGACUGUGCUAAUGGAUAUGGCGUCUGCUGCGUUUUUAUAGGCACUUGUGGCGGAAGCGGAAGUCAAAACUGCACAUACUUCCAGAGCCCCAACUAUCCCGAUUAUUACCCAUCAGACGGCAGCACAGUGACGCCUACUACUGCAGCACCCACGAAUCCAUCUCCUACACCGGAUCCCAGGCUGCCAUGGGAUUAUAACAUAAACGGUUGGGGCAGACAGACUGAAGAUGGAGUCUAUGCUUGUACGUUUAGCGUCAGCAAGUUGAACGACAACGUCUCGAAGAUCAGGAUAGAUUUUGAAGACUUGGAGCUGACGGGUCCAACAAAUGGUACUUGUACGGACGAAAGGCUGGUAAUAUCAGGGCAGAACGCCAACAACCAGGUUCCUGAUAUUUGUGGGUACAACACUGGCCAACACGUCUACGUAGACGUGUCGUCCCUGUCAGGACCAAUACAACUGUCUGUCCUGUCCGCUUCUGGAGCUAGAAAACGAUUCAGAAUUAAGAUAUGCCAGUUCGACGACACAUGUUUGGAACCAUCCAGCAAUUGCCUUCAGUACUAUACUGGAGUUACAGGUGUUAUAUCUUCAUUUAACUACGAUCAAGCUACGAUGCUCUCCAGAAGCACUCCUGGGUAUUUCAACAACUUGAACUAUGCAAUUUGCAUCAGAAGGGAAGAAGGGUACUGUUCAAUCACGUACAGGAACGUAGUGAACGGCGUGGAAUAUCCGUUUCAAUUCACCAACGUAGACGACUCUGGAAACAUGAUCAUCGUGCCAGGACAAGCCGGCGCCGACAUCUUCAACUGCCCGGAUGACUACAUCGUGAUCGACGGUACGAGACUAUGUGGUGACAAAUUUAAUGAUGGCAGCGUCAACGAUAAUUUCACGAUGAACGCUGACGUUACGGAUACAGGAGCUGGACCAAUAAUUGUACCCGUUAGAACCGAUUCGAUGGUAACUGGAAUGGGCUUUAAGUUAUUUUAUACCCAAAAUAGUUGCGCUGGUUAUUAA